AUGGCAGCACCUGCCCCUACAUCUCGCUCUCGCGCUCCUCCAGCAGGUGACGAAGAAGCAUCCACCGUUCUGAAGCUCGGAGAAUUCCAAGAUGUAGAUGCACUUACUCAUUCUGAAGCCGCACUCGUUAUCAACGCGCUUGUCGCAAAGCGUCGUGGUGAUCGCAAGAAUGUUAAUGAGACUGAGAUCUUGAGCUCAUUAUGUUGCGACACGGCCGAUGAAGCGAAGACUUUGAUACCCAGUUUACAAGACAAAAUCAGCGAUGACGAUUUGACAGAGUUAUUGGAUGAAAUCACAAAGUUGAUGGGAUUUACGAAUUAA